GCAAAGACAGGAGACAGAACCUGCAUCAUAUUGUCGCCAGCAGGGAAGAUGGCUCUGCCCUGGACAAUAUUAUUGGCUCUCUCUGGUAUCUAUGUCCAGGGAGCUCAGGCAUGGUGUUCAGAAGAGGAUACUCUCGAACUCGAUAAACCAAUCAGUGAACCUGACAUAGUGGAGUUUGCUUUGAGUGCAUUUCACAAAGAGAGCAAGGAUGAAUAUGCCUACAGGGUGAUGCAUAUCAUGAAUUUCUUGAAAGUACAGGAAAAACCACCACAAACUUUCUUCAUGAAGCUGAGGCUGACAAGAACCAUUUGUAUGAAAUUCGAGAAAAGCCUAGACACCUGCCCCUUACCUGAACUACAAAAUAUCCUCAUCUGUUCCUUCAGCAUCAGCAGCCCAGGCUCGAAAAAGUUCAACCUGUUGAAAAUGACUUGUUCUGAGGGACUUCUCUGACUGGGACCCACCACAAGGAUUUACCUACAGCACUGAUCCAGGCCUGCUCCUUGCUCUGAAGAUACUGCCAUUCAUAGGAAUCAGCAAUUACAGGCUUAAGAAGCUCUGCAAGUAUCUGCAGUUUCAUGUCCUGGAAUUUUAGAAAUGCCCCUUUGUACAGAUUCAUCAUAUAGAAUUAGAUCAUUAAACACCAGCAUGUAAU